AUGCGCCUCUACGCAGUAAUUGCAUCAACAGUCCUCAUCCUUUGUUGUAUCAAUGCUACUACGGCGGUAGGCGAGAUGAAGGGAUAUGCUUCACUGCGAUCAGGCGAGACUCCGACCUCUACUAAUAUUGACGAGAAGGGCGGCAGCAACAAGCGAUUGUUGGGAUCUGACAAAAUGACGGAGAGCGAAUUUGCGAGUGACGAAGAGAGGUCGCUCCGACUCCAUCUGAAAUUCAGAUUCUGGAAACUUAUCGGAAUGCGGCCCAAACAUGUCUAUUACCAUUAUUUCGGUGAUAUGAGCCCUAUUCUUGCUGCGUCCAAGCCAAAGUUCCCGGUCUAUGAGCAGUAUAACAGCUGGUUCUGGCGUUCCAAGCCCAAGAAGUCAGCUGUUGCGUCGGUGCCGUAA